AUGAGUGAAUUGACGAAACUCUUUGAGGAUGAGAACUUGAAGAAGAACAUUUCAUCCCUCCUUUUCUUUAUGAGUGAAGUCGAGAAGAUAGUAGAAAAUCCCACUAGUUAUGACCUUCAUAUCGCUCUGUAUAUGGGUGUUGAAAAAUUGAAAGAUUUUCGAUUAAGAACCAAACAGUAUAAAUUCUGGAAAUUCGAGAAUGUUAUUCCUUUGGAUGUCUAUACUGUUACUUCGAAGGAGUGUAUUUUAGAUGCAAAGCUAACUAAGAAUGUUAUUUGUACAGAAUUGAUGGAAGAAGAAAGUGAGAAAGCCAGGGCUGAGCUCUUGCAAAAUGAAGACAGCAAGCAAAAGAACUCGGGCAAAAAUAAGAAGAAUUCACUUACUAGCAAGGAAAGGAAGAAAACAAGUUCAACAGACAACUCAAAGUUAGCUACUCCAGAAAGAAGAGAAGAUGUCUCAAAGGAAUCAAGGUCUAACUCCAAAGAGAAAAAGGAAAAAGAGUGUUCGAAACCAAAUGUCUCAACAACAAUUGUUCCAGUGAGAGAGAAUGAAAGUAUUCCCAAAACCGACAGUGUUAGAAAGGAAAUAACAGGGUCUUUACAUACCAAUGAACAAGAAGGUAAUCCUUUACCUCUUGCUACAACUUCCAUUGAUACUCAACUAAUAUUAAAAGUCAUGAAUAGAAGAUUUGAUGCUAUUGAAGGAGAAUUUGGUGCCUUCAAAACUGGGUUUGAUGAAUUAGAAAAAAGAUUUGGUGCUUUAGAAGAAAGAUUUGGUGUUUUAGAAGAAAGAUUUGAUGUAUUAGAAGAAAGAUUUGAUGUAUUAGAAGAAAAAUUUGAUGUAUUAGAAAAAAGAUUUGAUACAAUGGAAAAUAGAAUCUCUUCUGCAAUUGGUAUGCUUUAUGAAAUGAGUUUAGAGCAGAUGUUAAAAGAUGAAGGCUUUGAGGUCGAAUGCAACGUUGUUUAUGACGAGAAAAAAUUUGGCCCUCAAUUUGACAAGUUAAAGAAAGCCAAGACUUUAAAAAAUACCUGGAAUAAUUGUUUGCGCAAUUUAGAACAACAAAAGAGAAUUUCUACAACUCAAAGGUAUUCCCUUUCUUUCUACUCUCCAUCAAUUGAGUUUAACUUUAUUGUUAGAGAUAAUGAAAGAGUUACAACCCUAGUUGUUGAGGCAUCCACUAACAACUUGACAGGAAAUGCUCUUAUUGUUAAGAUGCUCCAAUUGGAACGACAAGUAAGAUUCUUCCAGGCUUGUAAUUGUAAUAAUUUAGAUUACGUAGCAUUUAUAUCCCCAAGCUUGUUUACUAACACAAAUGCUGAAAUGUCAAAACUAAUAACUGAGUUUCCAGGAGUAUUUGAGAAUUUAAAAAACUACAAAGCAAAAGGCAGGCUGUUCUUCAACAGAAAAGGAGCAAGGCUAAAAAUUGAAUAA